AUGUCAUCCUCCAAGGCCAAAGAAGCAGCCCGCCUGCAAAACGACUUCGGCGCGGACUACUGGAUCCGCAAUCCCAACCAGGAACACCGGCACUCCACCGCCGGGCGCGGGCUCUUUGCCGGUCUCCAGGACGUCAAGCACUACAAUGUUGACCACGGUUGGGCCCGUCGCAAGUCUAGCGAUUCGCAGGGGAUUCUUUCGACCUUUUUUAGUCGAUUCACUGGGGGAUCGUACCACCCUCCCUCGGCAUAG